UUAAAAUCCUAAUCUAGAAAAACAUAUUUUACACAAUAGGAAGUUACAACUGUUGAAAUUUAUUUGGCUCCUAACGCAUCUGAAUGAAAGGAAUUGCCAUUUUCUCCAAAGAAUUUUUAUAUAUGAGAUUAAUUUAAUAAUCAUUCAUUUAAAAAAAUUUUGAUAUGAGCACCAGAGAGGAGAAAAAGAGCAAUAGCUAAAACCUGUGUGUUGGUCAAGAUGACUUCUGAAGAAAUGGCAGCUUCUGUUCUCAUGCCUGUGACUCAGAGAAAAGUGGUAUCUGCUCAGUCAGCUGCAGAUGAAAUUAGUGAAAAGGUCUCAGACAUCAGUGUUCUGAAGGCACAUACUGUCACUCAGAGUGGACAGACUUCUCAUACCAUCUCAUGCCUGAACAAACUUAAAAAGGAUUCUUCUGGAAGCUCCUUGCCCAAAAUUAUCUCAGUAGCAAGGAAGGAAAUAAUGAGCGAUGAGAACAGUAAUGAACAGUGUUGGGAGAAAAGCAUGCCAGAGUCUGUGAAAAACCUUAACAUUAACUCCAACAACAUCCUGAAAAACCAUCAGCAUAGCCUUCCUCAGAGCCAGUUUUAUGAAACGUGCAACUCUGUUGCAGAGGAAGGCCUGUGUUUAGAAACUGGAAUUCCUUCUCCACUGGAAAGAAAGGUGUUCCCUGGAAUUCAACUGGAAAUGGACGGACAUCCCAUGGACAUUAGCCCUUUAGGAAAUCACUCAGCAAUCAUGGACACCAGCAGAGUACACCCUGACAACAACAUGGCGGUAUUUCAUUUUCAUUAUGAAGUUGACAGAAGAAUGUCAGACACUUUCUGUACCCUGUCGGAUAACUUAAUUUUGGAUGAUUGUGGAAAUUGUGUGCCACUUCCUGGUGUUGGAGGGGAGCAAAAGGAAAAUUACAUGGCAUAUACUUGUAGCUUGAUGGAAUUGGCAAAAAACUGCGAUAACAAGAAUGGGCAACUGCAAUGUGAUCACUGUGACACCUUGAAUGAUAAAUACUUGUGCUUCGAAGGUUCUUGCCAGAAGGUCAACAUGGUAUGUUCAAGGGAUAGCUUUUGCAGGGAAGAUUCUAUUGACAGUCCACCUGCCAAGACUUUCCUGAGCCAUUUUGAGGAUUUCCCUGAUGAUUGUGAAGAUGUAGAAGAAGAUUUUUUUAAAAGCAAGAAGGAGCGGUCCACUCUGUUAGUCAGAAGAUUUUGUAAAAAUGACAAGGAAGUUAAGAAAUCUGUGUAUACCGGGACAAGGGCAAUUGUAAGAACACUGCCUUCUGGCCACAUUGGGCUGGAUGCUUGGAGUUACAUUGUUCAGAAGAGAAAUGGUCUCUUACUGCCUCGUGACAAAGUAGUGGAACAUCUAUCAACAGCAGUAACUAGGCAAGAUGGGAGCUGUUGCCUGUCAGAAGCCCAGUGGUAUCCGAUCUACAAUGCAGUGAGACGAGGAGAAGAAAUAGAAGGUACAAUUGGAUCUCUUCUCCAUUUCUUCAGAAAGCUCCCAGCCUCUGAAACAGCCCAUGGAAGGAUUAGCAGUGGUCCAUGCUUAAAGCAGCGUGUCCAAGACACCAUAUGUGAGUAUCGUGCCACCCUCCAAAGGACUUCCAUAUCUCAGUACAUCACUGGGUCUCUCCUAGAAGCAACCACAUCUUUAGGAGCAAGAAGUGGCCUUCUCAAUACUUUUGGAGGAUCCACUGGACGAAUGAUGCUGAAAGAGCGCCAACCAGGCAUCUCCAUGGCUAAUUCCAAUGCCCUCCCUUCAAGUACAGCUGGGAUCAGCAAGGAACUGAUUGAUCUGCAACCCCUCAUCCAGUUCCCAGAGGAAGUUGCCAGCAUCCUGAUGGAGCAGGAGCAGAAUAUUUACCGAAGGGUCUUGCCAGUUGACUACCUUUGCUUCUUAACCCGGGACUUGGGCACUUCUGAAUGCCAGAGGUCCCUGCCCUGCCUCAAAGCAUCCAUCUCAGCAUCAAUUCUUACCUCCCAGAAUGGAGAGCACAAUGCCCUUGAGGAUCUUGUGAUGAGAUUUAAUGAGGUGAGCUCCUGGGUGACAUGGCUUAUCCUCGCAGCGGGCUCCAUGGAGGAGAAACGGGAAGUCUUCUCAUAUUUGGUGCACGUGGCCAAAUGCUGCUGGAACAUGGGCAACUACAAUGCUGUCAUGGAGUUCUUGGCUGGCCUCAGAUCAAGAAAAGUCCUAAAAAUGUGGCAGUUUAUGGACCAGUCUGACAUUGAGACCAUGAGGAGCCUGAAGGAUGCGAUGGCUCAGCAUGAAUCAUCCUGCGAGUACAAGAAGGUGGUGACCCGGGCAUUGCACAUCCCCGGCUGUAAGGUGGUUCCGUUCUGUGGAGUGUUUCUGAAGGAGCUCUGUGAAGUCCUUGAUGGAGCCUCUGGCCUCAUGAAGCUUUGCCCACGGUACAACUCCCAAGAAGAAACUUUAGAGUUUGUAGCAGAUUACAGUGGACAAGAUAAUUUCUUACAACGAGUGGGACAAAAUGGCUUAAAGAAUUCGGAGAAGGAGUCCACCGUCAACAGCAUCUUUCAGAUCAUUAGGAGCUGCAGUCGAAGCCUGGAGGCUGAGGAGGAAGGCAGCCCCAGUGAAGGGAACAGCUCCAGCAAAAAUUCCUUGAAGGAUAAAACUCGGUGGCAGUUUAUAAUUGGAGAUUUGUUGGACUCAGAAAAUGACAUCUUUGAGCAGUCGAAAGAAUGGGGCCCACAUGGAGCAGAAGAGCCACAGAAGGCCUUCGACCACGGCACGGAGCUCAUCCCCUGGUAUGUGCUGUCCAUCCGAACUGACGUGCACCAGUUCCUGCUACAGGGAGCCACAGUCAUCCACUAUGACCAGGACACGCACCUCUCUGCCCGCUGCUUCCUCCAGCUUCAGCCUGACAACAGCACCUUGACGUGGAUAAAGCCCAUCACUGCUUCCCCAGCCAGCGCUAAAGCAAAACUUGGUGUACUUAGUAAUACGGCCGAACCUGGUAAAUUCCCAUUACUGGGCAGUGCUGGAGUAAGCGGACUGGCAGAGGGCGUCUUGGAUUUGUUUUCAGCAAAGGCUGUGUACAUGGGACACCCGGGCAUUGAUAUACACACUGUGUGUGUUCAGAACAAACUGGGUAGCAUGUUUCUCUCGGAGACUGGUGUGACGCUGCUAUAUGGGCUUCAGACCACGGACAAUAGAUUAUUGCACUUUGUGGCACCAAAGCACACGGCCAGAAUGCUCUUCAGCGGAUUGUUGGCACUCACUAGAGCUGUGAGAAAGAUGAGAAGAUUCCCUGACCAGAGAUUGCAGUGGCUGCGGAAACAGUACGUCAGCCUCUAUCAGGAGGAUGGACGAUAUGAAGGCCCAACUUUGGCUCAUGCCGUGGAGUUGUUUGGAGGCAGACGAUGGAGUACUCGAAACCUCAGCCCUGGAACAUCAGCCAAGAGUGCUGAGAAGCCCAACAUGCAGAGAAACAACACCCUGGGCAUAAGCAGCUCCAAGAAAAAGAAGAAGAUUCUCACGAGGGGUGAGAGUGGAGAGGUAACUGAUGAUGAGAUGGCGACCCGGAAGGCCAAGACAUACAAGGAGUGUCGACGCCGGAGUGGUUCUGAUCCUCAAGAUACUAACGAACAAGAAGAAUCAGAGGCAAAUGCCAUCUCCAGCCCUCCUAACCCUCUCCCUUCUAGAAGAGCCCACUCUUUGACCACGGCUGGGUCCCCUAACUUGGCUGCCGGGACAUCAUCUCCCAUCAGGCCAGUGUCCUCCCCUGUGCUGUCUUCUUCAAACAAGAGCCCGUCCAGUGCUUGGAGCAGCAGCAGCUGGCACGGGCGGAUCAAAGGAGGAAUGCAGGGCUUCCAGAACUUCAUGGUUUCAGACAGUAACAUGAGUUUUGUUGAAUUUGUUGAGCUGUUUAAAUCAUUCAGUGUUAGGAGCCGGAAGGACCUGAAGGAUCUCUUUGAUGUCUACGCGGUGCCCUGCAGCCGACUGAGCGCUGAGUCUGCCCCACUCUACACCAACCUGACAAUUGACGAAAACACCAGUGGUCUUCAGCCUGACCUAGAUUUGUUGACCAGGAAUGUCUCGGAUUUGGGGUUAUUCAUUAAGAGUAAACAGCAGCUCUCAGACAACCAAAGGCAGAUAUCCGAUGCCAUUGCGGCUGCAAGUAUCGUGACUAAUGGCACUGGGAUUGAGAGCACAUCCCUGGGCAUAUUUGGAGUUGGCAUACUCCAGCUCAAUGACUUCCUAGUGAAUUGCCAAGGAGAACACUAUACUUACGAUGAAAUCCUCAGCAUCAUUCAGAAGUUUGAGCCUAACGUUAGUAUGUGUCACCAGGGCCUAAUGUCAUUUGAGGGAUUUGCAAGGUUCCUGAUGGAUAAAGAUAAUUUUGCCUCAAAAAAUGAUGAGUCGCAGGAGAACAUUAAAGAAUUGCAGCUACCCCUCUCCUACUACUACAUUGAAUCUUCACACAAUACCUACCUCACAGGCCAUCAGCUCAAAGGAGAAUCCUCAGUAGAACUCUACAGCCAGGUUCUCCUGCAAGGCUGUAGGAGCGUGGAGUUGGACUGCUGGGAUGGAGAUGAUGGGAUGCCAAUCAUUUAUCAUGGACAUACACUGACAACCAAGAUCCCCUUCAAGGAAGUGGUUGAAGCCAUCAAUCGCAGCGCCUUCAUCAACUCUGACCUGCCAAUCAUCAUAUCGAUUGAGAACCACUGUUCAUUGCCUCAGCAACGAAAAAUGGCAGAAAUUUUCAAGACUGUGUUUGGAGAAAAGCUGGUGGCUAAAUUCUUAUUUGAGAGUGAUUUCUCAGAUGAGCCCAUGCUUCCCUCAGCUGACCAACUAAGGAGGAAAGUCCUCCUCAAAAACAAGAAGCUGAAAGCCCACCAGACGCCAGUGGAUAUUUUGAAGCAAAAGGCUCAUCAGUUAGCAUCCAUGCAAGCUCAGGCUUAUAAUGGUGGGAAUGCCAACCCCCCACCCGCUAGUAACGAGGAAGAGGAGGAUGAAGAGGAUGAAUAUGACUAUGACUAUGAAUCACUCUCUGAUGACAACAUUCUGGAAGACAGACCUGAAAAUAAAUCAUGUAAUGACAAGCUUCAGUUUGAGUAUAACGAAGAAAUCCCUAAGAGGAUAAAGAAAGCAGAUAACUCUGCUUGCAACAAAGGAAAGGUGGGCCUGUCAACUCUAAAUGCAUCUGGCUCUAGCAGAGGAAAAGAAAGGAAAAGCAGGAAGUCCAUUUUUGGCAAUAAUCCAGGCAGAAUGAGCCCAGGGGAGACAGCAUCCUUUAACAAAACAUCUGGAAAAAGUUCCAUUGAAGGAAUGCGCCAGACCUGGGAAGAAUCUUCUUCCUCUCUUAACUCAACCACAUCCCUCAGCGCAAUCAUUAGAACUCCCAAAUGUUAUCAUAUCUCAUCGCUGAAUGAAAAUGCUGCCAAGCGUCUGUGUCGCAGGUAUUCUCAGAAACUGAUCCAGCACACCACCUGCCAGCUGCUGAGAACAUACCCCGCCGCCACCCGCAUCGACUCUUCCAACCCCAACCCUCUCAUGUUCUGGCUCCAUGGGAUCCAGCUCGUUGCACUCAACUACCAAACAGAUGGUAAGGGGCCUGCUUCACCUGGAAGGAUUGUCUCUGGUCAAAAUGUGUGUCCUGGCAACAGCACGGGAAGCCCAUGUAUUGAAGUGGACGUCCUGGGCAUGCCCCUGGACAGCUGCCAUUUCCGCACGAAGCCCAUCCACCGAAACACUCUGAACCCCAUGUGGAACGAACAGUUUCUCUUCCGGAUUUGGACAACUGAGCAAGGCACCAAACCUAUCACUACAGACUAUUUUUUGAUGGAAGAAAAGUAUUUUAUAUCUAAAGAAAAGAACGAAUGCAGGAAACAGCCAUUCCAGAGAGCCAUUGGUCCCGAAGAAGAGAUCAUGCAGAUUUUAAGCAGCUGGUUUCCAGAAGAGGGAUACGUUGGCAGGAUUGUCUUAAAAACCCAGCAGGAAAACCAAGAAGAGAAGAGUGUUGUUCAAGACGACAGAGAGGUGACCUUCAGCUCAGAGGAGGAGAGUUUCUUUGUCCAAGUGCAUGACGUUUCUCCAGAGCAACCUCGAACCGUCAUCAAAGCACCCCGUGUCAGCACUGCACAGGAUGUCAUUCAGCAGACCCUAUGCAAAGCCAGAUAUUCCUACAGCAUUCUGAGCAACCCCAACCCAAGUGACUAUGUACUAAUGGAAGAGGUGGUGAAAGACCCUACCAACAAGAAGUCUUCUACCCCAAAGUCCUCUCAGCGGGUUCUUUUGGAUCAGGAGUGUGUGUUCCAAGCCCAAAGCAAGUGGAAAGGUGCAGGAAAAUUCAUCCUUAAGCUAAAGGAGCAAGUGCAGGCAUCCCGAGAAGAUAAAAGGAAAGGCAUUUCUUUUGCAAGUGAACUCAAGAAGCUCACUAAGUCAACGAAACAGCCCCGAGGACUCACAUCACCUUCUCAGCUCUUGGCCUCAGAAGGUGUCCAGAACAAGGAGGAGAAACCUGUGGGCAGCUUGUCCUCAAGUGACGUGAUGGACUAUCGGCAGUGA